ACAUACACACACAUGCGCUGGAGAAAGGAACAUAUGCACUAAGUGUGUGGCUGUGUCAGACAUGUGCUUUGUACUGCUAAAAACAACAAACGCUAGCAUUGUUUUAAAUAGUUGUUUAUUUCAACGGAAGAAUAUAUCUGGACUAUUCGUUGAGAAUUGAAAGUGAUCUGUUCAAAUAUUUUGUUAAGCCUGUAUGGAUGUAUGAGAAACAUUUCAUUGAUCGUGUACAGAGAAAGUCUGAUACUAUAUGAGCUUUCUUAAUAAUGCGCUCAAGUUGAACCUGGCCUAUAUAGACCAAAAAUGUGGAUAUUUUUUUCCCGUCGUUCCAGCGCAGUGAAUGGAAGAUAUUGGUUGUGCAUUGCUAUAUACUUCACCUUAUGUUCAGAGAUCGUUAGUCAAGUUUCAACAUGUCUACGAACAGGAUGUUUUCCACCUGCCCCCUCUAUAUUCCAAUCUUUCUCCAGCUUCCCAUCACGUUCGCUCUCUGUCAGCUCUGUAUGCGGUAGUGGUUCAACCACCCAGUACAGGAGCCUUGAUACAUCAGACACUGCGCCAUAUACAUGCAACGCUUCAGCACUACAGCCCACGAACUUGUAUGAUGAUGACACAAGUAUGGCACAGCCAACGUACUGGCAGUCAGAACUUAUGAUAGACUCACAGACAGGCGGCUCAAUUAAGCCCCAAUAUAUCACUGUGAACUUUACAGAUGAGUUUCUUAUACAAAUGAUAGACAUCUCCUUUACCACGCCUUUUGAAAGAACAGACAUUUUCAAUACAGUUCCGUCUUUCAUUGUUCGCAAAAUGGACUUAUCCAGCAAAGAGUGGACACCGCUUUAUUACUUUUCAUCUAAUUGUCAGCAGACUUUCCCAAAUAUUUCACUAAGCCCAAGAUCUCCAGACUUCAGUCUCCCAUUUUGUUAUAAUGUUAAGUUGGAGAACGACCUCAACGAAAUUGUCUAUCCGUGGGGACCAUAUGACACUAUUCUAAAAAACAACAUCGGCACGAUAUCAAAACUAACUGCCUCUGCCAUACAGUUUUACUUCACGGCACCAGUGAACACGUCACCGAUGAUGUCAUAUGUUGCAGUCGACUAUCUGGAUAUCUACGUCACGUGCAAAUGUUUUGGUCACGCUGCAACGUGUAAUGGUCCAAAUGGGGCAGGAUGUAACUGUAUACACAAUACCACUGGGCAACAUUGUGAAACGUGUUUGUCUUUGUACAACAACAAACCUUGGCUGAUGGGAAACAGUACUCAUUCUAAUGAAUGUGAAGCUUGUUUGUGUAAUGGACAUGCCACAUCAUGUGUUUAUGACCAGGUCAAAGGUCGGGGAGUGUGCAACUGCAGUGAUAACACAGCUGGGGAUAAUUGUGACACAUGCAUGCCGGGAUACUACUUCAACCCACGUUAUGGGAAUAGCUCAGUACAGGGAGAACCGUUUUGUUUGGCCUGCAACUGCAGCAGUCUGGGUACAGUUCCAACGGCUUUGAACACAUGCAACGUCACUACCGGUCAGUGCGCGUGCAAGGAACGUGCGACGCAAAGAGAUUGCAGCGAAUGUCGGGAUACUUUCUGGGGACUUAGUGCAGAGUUGGAGCUUGGGUGUAAUGCUUGCACGUGCAACGCAUCGGGUGUUGUCAACAAUACAAACAACUGUAACAAGAGCACAGGGCAGUGUGCGUGUAAGGUGAACAUAGAGGGCGACACCUGUGGGCAGUGCAAGAAUCUGACCUACGGCUUUAACGCCAACAACCCCCUGGGAUGCUCGCCAUGUGACUGCGAUCCAGGGGCGUCCCAACAGUUGAAUUGCGCUCUCGACACAGGAGUGUGCACGUGUUUUGGUGACUUUGGAGGCCGGGACUGCAGAUCACCUCCCACUGGAAAAUACGUUCCUCGUCUUGAUGUUAUAGUACUUGAACCAGAGACCUACACAACAGAGAAUAUAGUGCUCAGAUCAGGCCAUGGUACUCUCACUGCUACUGUAAGUGGAACGGGAUUGGUCAAUGUGAACAGAGGUGCAAGUCUGACCAUUCCGUUUACUUCAAAGUAUAGUGGAUUAGUGGACUGUGUAGUCAGAUAUGAGAAAACCAUUAAUGACAACAUGAUCUCUCUGACCGGAUCGCUGACCUCUCUAGGAACAUACGACUGCAGUGGUAGUACCAUCCUAUCUGGUCAGAUUUGGCCGUUGGCUUUCUCGGAAACCAAACUUGAUCUCAGAGGCGGAGUAACUGUUGGCAGAACUUGUCUUAACAGUGGUACUAACUACACUCUAGUCAUAAGUAACUCAGGUGGGACUGCAUUACUUGUUGAUUCGAUUGUGUUUAUACCAACUAUAUCGCCGGAACAGUUCUCAAAUAGAAUACCAAGUGCCAAUGUGUCCUCUUGUCUACAAAUGACAGUGAACAGUGUAAGGUCCAGUCGGUCAGUGUGUGCCAGUAUUGAAUACAGUAUCAUGGCCUUCCAAUUGAAGGGGACACUGGCUUGCAACUGUUUAUCUGGUGCUACUAACGGCACUUUGUGUGAUUCCUUUAGUGGAGAUUGCUAUUGUGUUUCUGGAUUUCUUCCUCCUGACUGUCUACAUUGUGCAUCUGACCGAUACCAGUUACCAUCAACUUCAGCUUGUAUAGCUUGUGACUGUAACAAAAAUGGCUCUUUAUCAGAUCUCUGUGACAGACAAGGCAUUUGCUCUUGUCGACCAAAUGUUCAGGGACUUAAGUGUGAUGCUUGCUUGCAGGAAUAUUUUGGUCUACACACAGGCAAUGGCUGCUCGAAGUGCCAGUGUACUACUGACUAUUCAUUAGACAACAUUUGUGAUGACUAUGGAAAUUGUCACUGUAAACCAGGGAUCAUUGGACCACUGUGUAUUGGCUGUGCUGAUGGAUAUUUUAACCUGACAACAGCUGGCUGUACACAGUGUAACUGUAGCACUGAUGGGAGCACUGGAAGAGCUUGUGACCUAACGACUGGACUGUGUCAGUGUCUUCCUAGAGUAGAAGGCAGCUCUUGUUCACAAUGCCGACAAGGCUACUUUGGUCUGGGCAAGUGGAAUGCUGAUGGUUGUAUCCAAUGUUUCUGUUGGGGACAUAGUGGGGUUUGUUCUUCCUCUAGUGGCUGGUACAGUACAUCCAUUAUCAGUAACUGGCUUUUAUCUGGGACCAGCACUGAUGUCUGGGCCGCACAAGAUGCUACUGGGAAUACUAUCAAUGUCUUAACAGCUAACAUUAGUACACAGUAUGUAAUGAGACUUGAGAAACCUCCGCUGUCAACUCAAGAUAUUUAUUUUAUUGCUUCCAAAAAUUAUAUUGGUGAUCACAAUUCAUCCUAUGGUCGUUACCUAACCUUGACCUUAUCACCAUCUGGCAGUCUAAACAGCAGUAUAGUUCAAGUUGUGAUUUCUGGACUAUAUAGUAACUACACACUGAUCUAUUUGAGCAGUGAAUCACACAUUAACAAUUCUUCAGCUGGCUUCACAGUCACGAUUCCACUCAUAGAAAAUGUUUGGCAAGUGAUGACUAAAGUAUCUGCAGCUGCCAACAGUACCAAUUUCAUCAUCAAUUCCGACAACACUUUCCAUGGGAAUGCUACAUACUAUCAGAUGAUGGAAACACUUUCCUUUGUGGCAUCAUUUGGCAUCAGAGUUUAUAAGGCCAAUUCCUCUGAUCAAGCCCUGGAUUUGGUCAGUGUGACCCUAGAGAGUGCAACAACUGAUGGUCAGUUUGGAGUGUCUGUCAACAAUAUAGAAAUGUGUACAUGUCCAACUGGUUACACUGGUAGCAGUUGUCAGCAGUGUGCUCCUGGCUACACUAGAGUCUCUUCCACCAACAGCCACCCUGCCACCCAGUGUGUACCCUGUUCUUGUAAUGGACAUGCAGUGACCCCCUGUGAUCCACUAACCAACUCCAGUUGUCAAGCCAACAGCACAGUGACCCCAUGCAACUCUACUACUGGAGUCUGCACUUGUCAACAUCAUACUAAGGGAGAACGUUGUGAAGCUUGUGUCCAAGGUUACUAUGGUGAUCCACUUAGAGGGCAAGCAGAUGAUUGUAAACCUUGUGCAUGUCCUGGGGUCAUUGUAAGCCAUGAACUAAAUGUGUUUGCCAACUCCUGCUCUCUCAUUGGUGGAAUUCCUGUUUGUGACAACUGCACAAUUGGACACACAGGAAGUAACUGUCAGAACUGCAGUGAUGGCUACUUUGGAACUCCUGAAAAUGUCACAAAUGCUGGAGGUCAAUGCCGGCCAUGUAUGUGUAAUGGCAGAGCUGAUACAUGUGACAGGAGGACUGGUCAGUGCAUCAACUGUAAAAAUAACACGGCUGGACAGAACUGUGACUUGUGUGCACCUGGCUAUUAUGGUGAUGCUAUGAGCUCAGACUGCAAACCCUGUGUCUGUAGUAACAUGACUGGCAGCACUGGUCAAUGUAACCACACCACUGGUGUCUGUGAAUGUUUACCCAAUGUCAUUGGUGCAUCAUGUGACCAGUGUGCUGACAUGACAUUUAACCUCACUGCCAAUGUAGGCUGCCAACCCUGUAACUGUAACACCAAUGGAUCUACAAGUCUAGUCUGUGAUAAGUCUUCAGGUCAAUGCCCAUGUAAAACUUUGGUCACUGGACGUUCCUGUAGUUCAUGUCAGAAUGGUUACUGGAAUAACAAUACAUUUACUGGCUGUGAUCCCUGCACAUGCAAUGAGACUGGGACACUUAAGUACACCAAUGGGUCAGUACAGGAGAGUUGUGAUGUCCAGACUGGUCAGUGUAGCUGUGCACUGCCUGGUAUUAUUGGUAGGACAUGUAAUACCUGCUCUCCAGCUUCUAAAAGUUCUUUCCAGUAUGUUCAUUCCUUCUAUUUGGGCACUUUCCCAGACUGUGUUUUAUGUGGAAAUUGUUUUGAUUCCUGGGGAGAUAAAAUCAACAAGAUUGGCAGUCACUUGACAGAGCUGGAAUCUACAGUGAGCACUAUAUGGAAUGACUACAAUAAUCAAAGUUCUGAUCAAAUCAGUUCAGCUUUGACUUUGAUUGAAGACAAUAUCAACAAGACCACAUUACUUCUGGCUAGCUUUGAAGAAGUGGCUCAGGAGCUCAAGUCUCUCAAGGCAAAGUUUAGUGAGGCUCAGGCAGUACAGGAUGCUCUAGUGAUAGAGAUGAACACUCUAAACUACUCAGAAACCAAUCUCCAGGCAGUAGUUGGCCCUCUUUUACUGUUGACUGAUGCUGUGAAUGUCUCAGCCACAUCAGCCACAUCUCUGGCCACACUGAGACAACAACUGAGUAACCUGAUGGUGUUAGCAGAGACUUCACAAAGUGAAGGUAACUCUAGCUACUCACGCAUUCAAACUCUGACAUUUGUUGUGGCCUCCCCUGAAGAAAGACAAUUGAAACUACAGAACCAAGCCAACCAGUCUAUGGUAUUUGCUGCAGCCAUUAACCAGACAUAUUUAGCUCUUAAAUCUCUUUAUGACACAUCAUUGAUCCCUGGGACAACUGAGAGAAACAUCAAGUUGAAUGAUGUAGACAGCAGACUGACCAAUGUGAGCCUCAUGAUUAGCGAUGUGUCUGCCUUUAUUGUGAAUGUCACAAGUGCUGUUGACAAUAUCACCACUCUGUUGUCACCACUAGUAUCAGAGUCUACCAGAGCUGAGACUGAUAUGUUGAAUGGAAUCUUAAUGCUCGAGAAAUAUCUGGCUAAUGCUACCAGCACACAGACAUUGGCAGACAGAACUUUGAAAGAUGCAAAAAGCUUUAAGUUGUUGUCAGAGAAGGCAGUGCAAACUAUGAUCAACUCCAUGACUGCUAUACUAGAGAGUAUCAUCUCUCUGAACCAGGCCCAGGCAGACUUAAUCUCAAUCAAGGCACUCAACACUGUAUCCCAGCAGCUUCCCAGCCUGACUGAUCUACAGAAUUUGGUCCAGCAGAUAGAGAGAAGUACUGUCAGUCCAUCAGAAGUGGCUGACGCCUAUCUCAAGUCCCAGCAAGCUUUGUAUGAUGCCAAUGAAGCUGUGAGAUUAACUCAACAAGCCAUAGCUAAAGCCAGACAACUGAGUGAAGCAGUCGAGUUGAUGAAAGCUGACAUCAUAGAAUCACAGCGACUGAGACAGGAAGCUGAAAGUGUUGAAGUGACUACAAGUGCUCUCAAUGCCAGCAUUACUUCUGUAUUGCAGCAGUCAAUGACACACACAAGUCAAGUUGAGGCUAACAUCACACAAGCCAUUGGCUUGGCUCAACAGUUGACUGAAGAAGUGAAAAAUGUGUCCUCAUGUUUGACUCAGGCGGGCUUGGAUGUGACCAAUGCUGUGACAUCAUCCAAUCAAAUCAAAGACAGUGCCGACUCAAUUAGUCAAGCACAGGUCAAGCUGACGCAGGUUAUGUACUCUAUAAAUGUCAAUGAGAAUGACCCAGCUCUGAGUCCUGCCCUGGCCAAUCUGACUCUAGCUGACAAUGAUAUCAAGCAACUAGCCAGUGCGCUGUCGGGGUUGGAAGAUUUAGCUCAGUUACAAACUCUGAUCCCAGAGCUUCAGGCACAGACACAAGAGAUAACAAACCUUGAGCUAGAGAUUGACCAGCUGACCACUACAUUAGACAGCAUUCUUCUCUCCCUGCAAGCCACAUCAGACAGUACAGUGUGCUCAACAUAGGACUUCAUGGAGAAACAAAAGAAUGGAAGAUGGAAAUCAAUCCUGUACAUAUCCAAUGAGUUUCAUUUUGCACAUGUUUGUCUUGAUCUAGCAGUAUAUUUUGUGCUCAAGUCUAAGUUUAUUUUUGUGCUCAAGUCUUUUACAUGUCUAAGUUUAUUUUAAGCUCAAGUCUAUGACAUGUCUAAGUUUAUUUUGUGCUCAAGUUUUUUACAUGUCUAAGUUUAUUUUGUGCUCAAGUCUCUUACAUGUCUAAGUUUAUUUUGAGCUCUAGUCUAUGACAUGUCUAAGUUUAUUUUGUGCUCAAGUCUUUGACAUGUCUAAGUUUAUUUUGUGCUUAAGUCUAAAUUUGUGUGUUAACUUUAGGGAUAAAAAAAUAUUUGUAAUCUUCUUGUGACAUGAAGUUUUAUAGUAUUCUUUUAGAGUCUGAAUUAUUUGUUUAUGUUUUUUCUUCUUCUAAACCAACAAAAAAUGUGUUGCUGUGCUCUAAGGAUUCUCUCCUUCUUUGACAUUGUUCAUUUUGUGAGCCUCUUAAGUUCAAUUAAGAGCUUUUGAAGAUAUUUAUUUAUGUCUUUCAAAUUUCUAUUUUCACUUUUGUUUUUCUGAGUGCUUGGCUUUAAAAAUAUUUCUUGACAUUUUUAAUUGCUUCUUUUUUUUUUUUUUAUUGAUGUUUAUUAAAUUUAAAUACAUUUUAAUAAUAUAGAACUAGACACUAUUAUAUGUACAAUAUUACAUAAAUAAUAUAGAAGUUAUUGAAAUUUUAUUAGACUUUCUUUAAAACUUGACAUCUUAAUGAAAAAACAAUUUGUAGUUAUUUUUCUUCUUUAAUCUUGGACUGGAAUGUAAAUAAUUUCAAUUUGUUACUUUGUAUAUAGACUGCCAUGUUAAAUCUUGCUACCAAAACAAUGAUCUCAGUUGAUUUAAUAUAUAUCUCACUGAUUAUACAAAUCUUUUUGUACUAGUUGGCCUUGGAAUUUGAUUUAUGUAAAAAUUAGUGCUGUAGUUAUCUUUUUUUCAAAGAAUAAUAAAAUACCAAAAUAAUUUUAUAAUGAUGUAUUCCAAAAUUAUGUCCCUAAAAAUACAUAUAUAUAUAUAUUUUUAAUUUUUUAAAAAAUUUCUCUUAUAUACAUAUUACCCUUUUUCUUGUAUCUUAUUUUUAGUACUUCUAGGUCUGGAAAACAAGAAAAGAAACCGUAUUAAGUGUGCUUAGCUGUCAGCUAAAGCAAGAGUCUACCUAAAUAUCCUGGUAUUAAAUAGUUGACAUAGUUGCUAUCACAUGACAUCCUGGUGACCAGUCUUUUACAAGGACAUUAAAAAAGAAUGAACAGUCAUGCUGACCACCCUCUUUGUAAACCCUGACUGUCAUUCAUUAUUUUAAAUAUUCUGCCGUAGUUCUUGGAGACUUUCUUUUGCUCUCUUUAUGUGUAAUCCAGUGCAACGAAAUGGGGCGUGUUGAGAUAUUUAAUACCAAUAAGUAAAGAGAGAUUCCAAUUUGUUUUUCAUUUCAAUUUUGAAGAUAAAUGUCAUUUUAAGACUAUUUGAGGAACAAAGUAUCUUAGUAGAAAAACAAUAAUAAAGUGUAUGACUAAUAUUUAGAGUUGUAUUUUAUGUGAUAAUUUCAUGUAGACUUAACAAAGUAGGGAUAUGUGCACAAAAAUAAGUGAACAUUUCCAGUAACGUAGCUAUGAUUAGGGGGGUGGGGGUAAAAUUAAAAAAUCCCCCGGGUCCCCACCUGAGGAGGGCGCCCCAAAUGAGUGUUUGAAAUUUUUCUUUUACAUCAAAUAUUAAAUAUUACGCCAUUAUCUCAUGUCAUGAUGUUGAAUGUCAAAAUGCAGGAGCCCCCAAAUGAUGACAAAUUCCUAGCUAUGCCAUUAAACAUUUCUUUUUCUUUGACAAAAUCUUAUCACCAACUUUGGUGACAAUUUAUCCCACUGGGUCACCAAUCGUCUCAUUGUUUUCAUUAAUGAUCCAGUCCUUGCCACUGUUACAAAUUAAAGUCAUUACUUGGCUAUACCUAGAGAUUGAUUUUAAAUUUCUGUCAUUGAAUGUAAGUUAAAAUUUAACUAGUCAAACUGCCAAACCUUUUCUCUCCCCUGCAGAUCUUCAGAAAUGGUCAUUACCAGACCAAGUGUUUUAUAGUUUUGAGCCUCUCUUUGUCUUGAGAACUUCCUUUGUAUGCAGAGGUGAUGAUGUAUCAAUAAUUCCUCAUUAAUUUGAAUUUCUUUGAAUGGCACAAUAGAUUUGUAUUUGUAGUCAGUACACACACAGUGAAAAGUUACAGUUUUGAAGACCAAAACAAAACCAGAUCAUCAUUUGAAAGUGAUUGUAAAAGAAGAUUGCUAAGAUUUAGAACUCAGUAAAAACAAAGUUAUAAGUCACAUG